AUGGUUCAGCCGGAGAUCGACGACAGAGACAGAGAUGAGACGGAAGGACCGGAAGAGGUGUCGGAAGUAGAAGAGGGCGGAGAGAGUGGUGUCGGAGAAGAAGAGUUUGACAGAGAAGACAGCGUUGAUAGUGAACCGAUUGCCAGCACUAGUAGUUCGGGUGCUAAGAGUGUCCGCAAUGAGCGCCCAUUUGUGUGUUUUUGGCCCAAUUGUGGCAAACGAUUCGCUCAUAAAUCAAAUCUCAAUCAACACAAGAGUGCCGUCCAUUUAAAGCUUAAGAGAUUCAGAUGCGAUGUCGAGGGUUGUGGUCAACGGUUUUCUCAGAAGUAUGAUCUCAAUCGACACAAACGUCUGCAUUCGGGAGAAAAGCAAUUCAAAUGUAAUUACAGUGAUUGCGGUCAAUGUUUCGCACGAAAAGAGAUUUUAAAUCAACACAAAAGUGUCGUUCAUUUGAAGGUAAAGAGAUUUAAAUGCGAUCACAAGGGAUGUGAUAAGAGGUUUACGAGGCCUAGUGAUGUAAUUCAUCACAAACGGGUCCACUCGGGAGAAAAACCAUUUGUCUGCGAUGUCAUGGAUUGUGACAAACGAUUCGCACAGAAAUCCUAUUUAAAUAGACACAAAAGUGCCGUUCAUUUGAAGGGAUGCGACCAAAGAUGCGCUCUGAAGAGUGAUUUAAUUGGUCACAAACGGGUCCACUCGGGAGAGAAGCCCUACGCCUGCGAUGGCAUGGAUUGCAACAAAAGAUUUGCAAAGAAAUCAGCGCUAAUUCAACACAAAAAUGCCAUUCACUUGAAACUCAAACUAAAGUUAUUCAUUUGCGAUGUAGAUAAUUGCGGCAAAAAAUUCACCGAAAAGGCAGCACUUAUUAAACACAAACGCAUUCAUACGGGAGAAAAGCCAUACGUUUGUGACAAAGAUUGCGGCAAACGUUUCACUGAUCCGUCAAUUUAUAGACGACAUGAACGCAAACAUUUGACGAACAAAUAA